AUGAGAUCAGGACAGAGAGGAGUGAAUCUGGGCUUUCUUCUGCUCAUAUCCCAGCUUUUUCGAGUAGGAUCCAGUAAUGUCCCCCCUGUAACUCUUGCUACCCUGGGGCUAAACAUUUACCUUUUCCUGGUCCCUCAAAAGCAGUUGCUGGACGUGUGCAUCAGUGUACAGAAUGCCUAUAUCUACAAGGAUUGGACCCGUCUGAUCUUCUCCCCCUUUUACCAUGCUGAUGACUGGCAUCUAUACUUUAACAUGGUGUCUUUGCUGUGGAAAGGGAUAAAGCUAGAGAGGAGACUUGGCAGUCCAUGGUUUGCCUACAUCAUUGGAGUUUUUUCUCUGCUGACUGGUGUUGUAUACAUCAUAUUGGAAAUGGUGUUAACUGAAUUUACAAAGGAUCCAUCGUACAUUAGGUGUGCAGUGGGCUUCUCAGGUGUCUUAUUUGCCUUGAAGGUGAUAAACAACCAUUAUUUCCCAGGGUGUGUUGCACAUGUGUUUGGAUUCCCAGUUGCCAAUAAGUAUGCCUGCUGGGUUGAGCUUGUAGCUAUCCAUCCCUUUCCUCCUAGGACUUCUUUUGUUGGGCAUCUGGCAGGCAUUGUGGUUGGACUGCUGUACACCAAAGGGCCUCUGAAGAAGAUAAUGAAAAUAUGUGCAGGAGUUGUGUCUUCCGAUGGCAGUAAUUCAAGAGGCUCAUACUUCAAUUAUUCAGGAUACAGUGGAUCGAGAAGUUCACCAAUAAGACCUAAUGCAUAUAACGCAUACACCCCGUACAACCAGUACAGUCCAAACAACACUUACAGUGCCAGCAAUGCGGCCCCUUGGUAUGAACCAUACACAGGAGGGCUCUCUGAAGAAGAGCAGUAUCAAGCAGCCAUCAGGGCCAGCCUGAAUGAUCAAGGCAGUGGACAUGCUCAGAGAAGACCAAAUUAUGGAUUUAACAUUCCAACGGGACCUCUGACCGAGGAAGAGAUAAGACAGCGAAGACUCAACCGCUUUGAGGGAUAAGGCAUGGGACCCUCGGCUGUUAGAGAGCCAUGGAGUCUUUAACAGCUCCCAUUAUGUUUACACGACUAAAAUGUAAAAUGCAAUGUGUGACUCAGCUACAAAAACAACUAUCUGAAUAGCCAUGCUGAUUUCCAAGCUUGAUUUUUCUGUUCAGUUUCAAAGAAAAUCAUUUUUACCCAAAUGACAUGGUACGGGUAUUUUGAUCCAACACCUGCAGCAACUCCACAGUUUACAUUCCAGCAUGUAUGGAAGGGUUUGUGGGUCACUGGCAAUAAAGAAGAGCGAUUGCUCUGGGUAUGUAGGGGCCACUGAUUUCAUGCCAGACAACUGCUUGCUGAUUUACUGGACAGACACCUUUGUACAGUACAGCAUAUGCAUGGUGGUGAUGGGUGCUGACAUUUUUUAUCAUGCCGACAAUUUGCGUCUGG